AUGGGUAGAGCUCCAUGCUGCGACAAGGCCAACGUGAAGAAAGGACCAUGGUCUCCUGAAGAGGAUGCUGCACUUAAAACCUACAUUGAAAAGAAUGGAACUGGUGGCAAUUGGAUUGCUCUUCCUCAGAAAAUUGGGCUCAAGAGAUGUGGAAAGAGUUGCAGACUUAGGUGGUUAAAUUACUUGAGACCUAACAUCAAACAUGGUGGAUUUACUGAAGAAGAAGACAACAUCAUCUGCAACCUUUACAUUAGCAUUGGUAGCAGGUGGUCCAUAAUUGCUGCUCAGUUACCUGGAAGGACAGAUAACGACAUCAAGAACUAUUGGAACACUAGAUUGAAGAAGAAAUUGCUUGGGAGGCGCAAACAAUCUAACUUCAACGGAAAAGACGCAAAUAGUGGAAUAGAGGAGAACUCUUAUUCAAAUGCCCUAAGCAGUUCAGCUCUUGAAAGACUCCAAUUGCACAUGCAACUUCAAAGCCUUCAAAACCCUUUCUCUUUCUACAAUAACCCUGCGCUGUGGCCUAAGUUGCAUCCUUUCCAAGAAAAGAUGAUCCAGAGUCUGCAAUCUUUGAGUGAUGGCUCUAACCCUGUGACGCAAGAUGCUUUGCCUUCCCCACAUCUCGAACAAGGACAAAAAGAUGAGUUCAUCUACAAGCCUCAACAUGAUGGUGCAAAGAUCCAUAGCCCACAGGUUCAUCUUUUGGAGAAUAUUCCUUUAAGUAACAGUGGAGUUCCCCUUGUUGCUUCUGGGAGCAAUAAUAAUCCAAUGCACUCAAGUCUUGCACCAAGAGCUGAUCAGGCUGUUGGACAGACUAAUAAUGUGGGAUUGCAGCAACUUGGUGCACUGCAAACUGAACUAGAUGACAUUCUCAACGACAGAACAAUGGGUUAUGUGCCACAUGAAGAUCAUCAGAUAGCUGAAUUUGAUUGUUUCAGAGAGAUAAAUGGCUCAAAGGACAGCUUGAUUUGGUGGUCCAAUGAUUCUGAUACCAAAUCAGCAUCCUCAAAUUCCUGGGAUUCAUCUACUACUCCAGCUCUUUUAACACAAGGGAUGUUCCAAGAUUAUGAACUGGGUUACAGUCUGUAG